AUGGAUUCUGAGAUUGCUAGGAAGCGACGAGCAAGCUUGAAUGCAUCACCGGCAAAGCCAGAAUUUGUGGAAUAUGAUCAGAGCGAGGAUAAGGGCUCGGCGGCAAAUGAUAGUGGUGUCGACAAACCAUUGAAACCGAAAAAGAAGUAUCGGUUCACUCCAUUUGGUAAGGAGAUGGUGCAGGAUAAUAACCAGGAUACAAUUCUACGCUCGAUUCCUGUUUCCUUUGUUAAAAAUACGAGGCGCGUUCAAAUAGCACAAGCAGAUAUCGAUCCACCACAAGCAGAGGGGGAGUCGGAAAAUUACGAGAAUUUGGGGGACCAAGUGGACUUGGGGGAGCCGUUUGUUCGCUCCGAAGUUCAAAACCCAGAAAAUGCACCGUCAGAAGAAGUUAUAUGGCAGUAUUUUCCUUCCAAAGUUUCUCGGGAAAUCACUUCACGUCAAGAAAGAGGAGUUCUAUCGUCUUCUCAAGAAUCCCUUCUAGAAGUGGCACACCAAUCGUCUACUCCAAUAGUUCAUGACAAGUUCAAAACUGUGCUCAAUUUUUCGCACAUUAAUAUAGAUGAAGGUAGGGAUGAAGAAGGUAGACUUUUCGAGUCAAGGAAAGCUUCGUUGAGGCAAAGCUCUACCACGAGAAGCUCCACGAUACAGCCAGCAAUUCUCGCUUCAACGCGGGACAUUGAAGAUAUUAUACAUGAUAUUGAGGGUGGAUUUGAACGGAAGUCAAAAUCAUGCUGCGCAGAUUUACCGUCCUCACCAAUGAAAUCCCAUCCUCCGAAUAGAAAUGGAUAUGAAAUCGGCUUGCCCACUUCAGACUCUAUUGAAGAUGAUGAUUCAUUAAUCCAUAUACUUACUCAAAGGUACACAGACGAAAAAGAGCAAGCCAAAUCCUCCAAUUCGUAUUCUUUACAAGAUGAUGAAUCUAGUGAGCAUUCGGACGACGACUCUCUCCUCGACUUGUUGGAAAAUCAAAAGGAUCAAGAGACUCAGAAAGACGACAGGUUAGGAGUAGAAGAGGGUCUUGACGUGGUUCAGGAAAUCUUUUCUCAAAAACUGUCGAUUUCGGAGGAAAAACUAGAGGCCUACAAGGAAUUGGUAGACUUUUCAGUUGAUAGAGAAGAUUUUGUAAGGCUUGUCAUAGUGAGUGUUAACGUACCAGCUGUACACAACGCCACAGGGGAAAAGCACCUGACGUGUAUUAACAAACAUGGUGAAAGAACCAGUUUGACAAUCCGCCCUCCAUGGACAGUUUUAGAAUACGAGGAAGGAGAUGUCCUUCACAUAAUAAAGGGCCAAAACGUUAACGAUUUCAGCGUUCUUUCUAAUGAAGUUAACCCUAAAAGUAAGCGAAUCAAUGACAAUUUGCUCGUACAGAAUCCGGAUAUUCUUCUUUCGGCAACAACAGUUGGAAAAUCCGUUGAGUGUUCUAGAAGAUCUCUCCUGUCUAGUCUAUUUUCUGGUCCUAUGGAACCGAGUCUUCCUGCUUUGAUAGGAAAUAUUGUACACGAGAUUCUUCAAAGUGGCCUUCGUCAUCGUUUGCAAAAUGACUGUGUGACUCAACAUUUAUUGAAGUCACAGUGUCAAAAGGUGUGCGACGAAUAUGAGACUGAAAUUGUGAUGUGCGGGUCUUCGAAAGACGCUGUCGUCGAUAUCGUCUGCGAGGAACAUAUACCCAAUAUCGUAAAGUUCAUCAACGACUACGUCACAGAGCAAGGAGAGUCCCUGAUAAAUGUGAGUGGGACUAGAUCAAAAGAGCCCUUCUCAAUUAAUAAUAUAAUAGAUAUUGAGGAAAACAUUUGGUCGCCAGUUUUUGGUAUCAAAGGUUUUCUCGAUGCUACUAUAGAAGCCAGAUCAGCUGAAGGUAAAUUUUACGUUGCACCUCUCGAGAUCAAGUCAGGUCGGACUAAAUCUUUGGCCCAUGAGGUACAAGGUAGCCUCUAUACCCUCUUACUGAGAGACAGAUACGAGAUUCCAGUAUCGUUUUUCCUCCUCUAUUAUACAAGAACAAAUGAAUUUGUCAAGCACAAUACGAUUUUGAUGUCAUUGAAGCACUUGCUAAUUCUUCGAAAUCAGUUGUCGAGGCAUUUGAAGCAUGGAAUAGAUGAGAUACGCGAUCCUCUAUGGAAAGCGCGAAUGUUACCAUCAAUCCUAAGAAGCUCUGCCUGUGACAAUUGCUUUACGAAAGAGGCAUGCAUGGUCAUCAACAAGCUUAGUGAAAGUGGUACGGCACAUGACAGUGGUCUCAAGCCCGGGGAAUACGAAAGCAUAACGUCGCACCUUAAUACAGGUCUUGACAAGGACUUCUACGAGCAUUACGAAAAUUUAAUUACCAAAGAGGAAUCGAGUUUGAAUGGAAUUAACAAUGAAAUGUUUCUUCUAAAGAGUACAACAAGAGAAUCCCUAAGCGGCAAAUGCCUUUCCGAAUUAUGCAUUUCGGAUUACAGGAGUGGUGACGAAAAUAUUUAUUUCUACACGUUUGUGAGGAAAAACUCCGAUUUAGUCAAACCGCCGAUGACGUACUCACAACUAUCGCUUUAUGAUAUGGUUAUAAUAAGCGAUGAGCAAGGGCAUUUUGCGUUGUGUACGGGACGCGUAUCGGCAAUUAUGAAGGAAAGCAUUACAAUCAAAACUACCCGACGGCUCGACCUACAUGAUGUUCACGGCUCGGACUUUGAGAGCAAGGAUAAGCAGCGUUACGAAAGUGUAUUGAGACCGCGCUCGAGCUUGCGACAAGCAAGUGGUUCAAAUAAUAUUUCCUAUAGGAUUGACAGGAACGAGAUUCAACAAGGUCUUGCUUUGGCUAGGUACAAUGUGCUUAAUCUCUUUCUUCCUCCCGUAUCCAAAGGUCCUGCUGCAGGCGCUGAACAAAAUGACGAUCUCUUACCAUUGAAACCCUCGCUUGGUGGAGAUAGCAAAAGGCGGGAGCUUAUUGUGGAAAACAGGAAGCCUGUUUUUAAGCCUUUUGAUGCGAAAUCCUUGAUUUCGAGUCUCAAAGGUAAAUUUAAUCAAGAUCAAAUUCAGGCCAUAAAAUUAGCACUCGAAGCACAAGAUUACGCGCUCAUUUUGGGUAUGCCAGGAACAGGAAAAACAACGGUCAUCGCCGAAAUAAUUAGACAGCUGGUAUCUAUGGGAAAGACUGUUCUACUGACGUCUUACACGCAUUCCGCUGUCGAUAAUAUUCUUUUGAAACUUCUCAAUGACAAUAUUUCUACGAUUCGUUUGGGCCAUAAACAUAAGAUUCAUUCAGAUGCCCAGAGGUUUAUGCUAGAUUUCACGGAAUCUCAAAGUUACGAGGAUCUUAUUAAAUCAGUUCAAGGUGCCAGCGUUGUUGCGACAACAUGCCUUGGAAUUCAUGAUAGUUUGCUAAAUUUCCGUGAAGCAGAUUUCGAUUAUGUUAUUUUAGAUGAGGCGAGUCAACUUUCUCUCCCAAUCGCCUUGGGGCCUCUUCGUUUCGGAGAAAAGUUCAUCAUGGUAGGCGAUCAUUACCAGCUGCCACCUUUGGUGAGAAAUGAAGCUGCGCGCAUAGGUGGGUUAGAAGUCUCGCUUUUUAAGAAUCUCUGCGAAAGACACCGCGAGUGUAUUGCCGAACUGACGUAUCAGUACAGAAUGUGCGAAGACAUAAUGGCGCUUUCGAAUCAUAUCAUAUACGAUCAAAAGCUAAAAUGUGGUACAGAACAGGUUAAGAAUGGAAGACUUGAAAUUCCUAAUAUUGAUAAGCUGGUGGAUUAUAAAUAUAUUGUGAAUUCGAAGAACUGGCUUUACGACGUUCUCGAUAGUGAAAAGAAGGUCAUAUUUCUGGAUUAUGACGACUGCGAGGAAAUUACAGAGAUUUGUGACAAAGACAACAUAAGAAAUCCAGGCGAGGCUAAACUCGUAGGAAUCUGUGUGAGGGCAAUGGUUAAUUGCGGCGUUGAUCGAAGAUCUAUUGGAAUCAUGACCACGUAUCGAGCUCAGUUGCGCGUUUUGAAGAAGAUUUUCAGUCAAAAGGACGAUGAGAACCUUGAAGUCCUCACAGCAGAUCAAUUUCAAGGUCGUGACAAAGACUGCGUAAUCAUUUCAAUGGUGAGACGCAACCCUCAACUCAAUAGUGGUUCCUUACUAAAAGACUUGCGGCGCGUAAACGUAGCAAUGACAAGAGCGAAAACUAAACUAAUUAUUAUCGGGUCAAGAAGUACCAUUGGCUCAACUGAGGUUCUAAAGGAUUUCUUUUCGAUGCUGAAGGCUCGAAACUGGAUUUACGAGUUACCGAAGGACUGUCUGAGAACCUAUCGUCUGGACUACAAAGAUUCUUCCCAAGGAGACGCUGUAAGAAAACACAUGUCUGUUCCCCUCAGAGUCAAAAAUAUCACCUCUGAUUCUAAGUUGGUCGAGGACAAACCCAUGGUCCGCGACAUCCUAAAUGGUAUGUGA